UAGACAAAUUGCAAGAGAUGGUGAGAGGCCUUUGUGCUCGGCUAGACCAAGGAGGAAUUAACAAUGAACACACUAGUGCACAACAAUCUGUUACUGAGAUUGGAAAUAGAAAACGUAAAGAAAAUCCAACUGUUAGAAGUACUGGUAGUGAUAUAGCACAGAGCAAACAGAAAGAUGCAAGUGUUAGAAGUUCUUAUAAUGAGACAGAAAAUGGCAGGCCAAUUCAGCAAAGUUUUAAUGGAAAGAAGCAACAAGAUAACCCCAAAAAGGUCCAGAAGACAGGUUUGGGGAAACAAGUACAGUUGUUAAGUUGGUUUGCUAAAGAAGAAGUAGUUGUUGCAAGUGCUAGUAUUAUAUCAAAAGAUCCAGAAGUUGAGGUGCAUCAUGUGCCUCUUGGCCAUGAUUGUUGGAAAGUAUCGGUGCAUGAAGUUUUUCAUGAUAUAGCCUUGUAUCGCCCAACAAGCGAGUUUAGUAAACUUUAUGCAUCCACAGGAAGUAUGAUUGCAUGGCCUAUCAAGUACAUCAAAGUGAAUUAGGCAUUUUGGAGGUAAAAAUUGGCACCAUGCAUGGUAUGAAGAUGUUCAAAAGGUCAAACCAUGG